AUGAAGUACUCUGGUCACCUAACAGAGUCAUGGAAGAAUUUGAUCAUGGUCAUCUGCAAGAUGCACAAACUUGGACUACUCCCAAGUAUUUUCGAAUCCAUUGAUUUCCCAGUUGAAAACAAUCCAACUCCUGGUCAAGCCAAUAGAAAUGUAGAUCAACAAAUUCAACAGAAAUCAUCAUCGAUUUUGAGAUUCUGGUUUGCCACUGGAGAUGAAGAGAUCGAAGUUGAAAACAAAGACGAAGAUAAAGCAAAGAUUUGUGUUGAAAAUUGUCAUAUUAAGGAUUUAUUCUUGGAAUCAAAGAAUCUACCAAUUACAUCUUUAGAACAUUUACUACAGGUUCUAUAUAAUAUUACAACGCCAAAGACAAAUGGAUUUAAUCAACCACAGGCAAUGUUUUGUUUUGACUUGCUCACACAUGUUAAGACUGUCAUCUCAUUGAUGUAUCUAUUGAUCCGAUUGUUGCAUGUACCCGAUGUCUCCAAGUCGUUGGAGUCGUUGGUCAAGUUGAUACUACGUGUCAACCCGGUGUUUGACUCGAUCGCCGAGAAGAUGUCGAGUGCACUCGUCCAGUUGGUACGCGACCAAAUCAACUUCCUCUCGACCAACCACAACUCAUGGGAACCGAUCAUCGGAAUGAUUGUACUACUCUCUGGCAAUCCAAAGGCAUCGACUCGUGCCUGUGAAGCACUCUCGCUGCUCGUCCAACAGAAAUCACUGACAUUGGAGUCUUGCAAGCAGUGUUUGACAUCUGUCAAUUGCUUUAUCAACUCGAGCACCGUUCCACCAACGGUUACAAUCAAAGCGAUGGAGCUACUUCAUUACAUCUUUGUCAGAAUCUCCGAGUUGAAUAAGAUCACUGUGUUGCCAGUCAACGAAUCGUCGUCGAUCACCGAGAAAGUUGCAAAGAGAAGGAUGGAUCAGAAGAUCUCGGAAACAUGGGAUCAAUAUUGGUCACCAAUACUUCAGACAAUCUCUAAACUCUGUGUAGACACCAAGCCAAACAUCCGAAACAAUGCGAUGAGUUACCUGCAAAAGUGUAUACUCUCGCCAAGUCUCGAAGUACUCUCGCCAUCAAAGUGGUUCAGUUGCUUUGUUGACAUUGUUUUCCCACUACUCAAUAAUUUGAAGGACAACGCAAAGGAAUCCAACUAUGAAGAUACCAGACUACGUGCUUCCGCUCUACUUUCAAAGGUGUUCCUUCAGAACCUCAAUAUUAUCAUCCAGUCCAACGACUUUACUAUGCUCUGGACUGAAAUCUUGACAUAUCUACGUACCUACAUGGGAUUGUCAGAGGUUCUAUCUGAAUCCGUACCGGAAUCUCUCAAGAAUAUGCUGCUGGUAAUGAAUAACUCUGGUGUAUUCAAAGCACCGGAUCCAUCGCAUUCAGAGGCAUCCAUCAAACUCUGGGACUUGACAUGGGCAAGUAUCAAUGAUUUCUGUCCAAAGAUUCGAGAAGAUGUUCUAUCAAGAGUUGAUCCAAAUCAUAACCAACAACAACAAGCACAACAAGCACAACAAUCACAACAAUCACAACAACAACAAAAUACAUCAACAACAAAAAUAGAGUCUGCAACACCUCCAAUCUCUAUACCAAUCAAUAUUACACCAAACAUGCCACCUCUAAAUUCUCCACAAGACAAUAUCAAUAGUAAUAAUAACAAUACACCAAGCAGUUUGGGAGCAGCAAUAAUCUCAUCACUUGGAAGCAGUGGUGGAAUCCCAAUCCCAAUCCCUUCUCCAAGCUCAACUGCAAGUAAUAAUAUAGUUCCACAAAACAACAACAAUAACAACAACAACAAUAAUAAUAAUACUAGUUUAUCACCAAUAAGCUCUCCAAAGCAAAUAUAA